GGCCACGACGUCGCGCGCCCUCUCGCCGUCGCCGCCGCUGGGCUUUCUCCGGCCGCCGCCGUCACUGCCGCUGCUCCGGGGCUGGAGGGCCCGGGCGUCCCCGGGCGCGAGGAGGCUGCGGCGGCCUAGGCGGGCGGCCGGGCUCCGGAGCGGCGGGCGGGGUCUCGGGCCGCCGGAGGCCGCGGACGGUCGGAGGGCGUCGCGGACAUGGCUCACCUGCGGGGAUUCGCCAACCAGCACCCACGCGUGGACCCUGAGGAGCUCUUCACCAAGCUGGACCGCAUCGGCAAGGGCUCCUUUGGGGAGGUUUACAAGGGCAUCGACAACCGUACCAAGGAGGUGGUGGCCAUCAAGAUCAUCGACCUGGAGGAGGCCGAGGACGAGAUCGAGGACAUUCAGCAGGAAAUCACCGUGCUGAGCCAGUGCGACAGCCCCUACAUCACCCGCUACUUCGGCUCCUACCUGAAGAGCACGAAGCUGUGGAUCAUCAUGGAGUACCUGGGCGGCGGCUCCGCGCUGGACCUGCUUAAACCUGGCCCCCUGGAGGAGACCUACAUCGCCACCAUCCUGCGGGAGAUCUUGAAGGGUCUGGACUACUUGCACUCAGAGCGCAAGAUCCACCGAGACAUCAAAGCUGCCAACGUGCUGCUCUCGGAGCAGGGGGACGUGAAGCUUGCAGACUUCGGGGUGGCGGGGCAGCUCACGGACACGCAGAUCAAGAGGAACACGUUUGUGGGCACGCCUUUCUGGAUGGCACCCGAGGUCAUCAAGCAGUCGGCCUAUGACUUCAAGGCCGACAUCUGGUCGCUGGGGAUCACAGCCAUCGAGCUGGCCAAGGGCGAGCCUCCGAACUCGGACCUGCACCCCAUGCGCGUCCUGUUCCUCAUCCCCAAGAACAGCCCGCCCACCCUGGAGGGCCACCACAGCAAGCCCUUCAAGGAGUUCGUGGAAGCCUGUCUCAACAAAGACCCUCGAUUCCGGCCCACCGCCAAGGAGCUCCUGAAGCACAAGUUCAUCACGCGCUACACCAGGAAGACCUCCUUCCUCACCGAGCUCAUCGACCGCUACAAGCGCUGGAAGUCGGAGGGGCACGGCGAGGAGUCGAGCUCCGAGGACUCUGACAUCGAUGCAGAUGCCGAGGACGGGGAGCAAGGUCCCAUCUGGACGUUCCCCCCCACCAUCCGGCCAAGCCCCCACAGCAAGCUGCACAAGGGGACGGCCCUGCACGGCCCCCAGAAGUCCGCGGAGCCUGUCAAGAGGCAGCCGAGGUCCCAGUGCCUGUCCACGCUGGUCCGGCCUGUCUUCGGAGAGCUCAAGGAGAAGCACAAGCAGAGCGGCGGGGGCGUGGGGGCACUGGAAGAGCUGGAGAAUGCCUUCAGCCUGGCGGAGGAGUCCUGUCCUGGCAUCUCGGACAAGCUGAUGGCGCACCUGGUGGAGCGCGUGCAGAGGUUUUCCCACAACAGAAACCACCUGACGUCAACCCGCUGAGGCCUGCCGCUGCCUGAGGAGAGCCGGGAGGAGGGGCUGGCGUGGAGCUCCGCGGUCCGGCUGCCUCGGCCCCAGUCCCCGCUCCUGCGCUCGGCCACCCCUGCCUCCUGCAGCACAGCGUCAGGGGAGCCACCGCCGGACGGAGCAGCGGAGGCUGUCGGGCCCAUCUGUCCCCCGGGCCCGCGGCGGCCGUGCUGGCCGUAGGUUUGCCUUGUGUCAAUCAGGUACCGUGUCUCCUCCUAAGUACUCGGAUCAGCCAGGACUUUUUUUUUUUUUUUUUUAAAGAAAACGGACUUCUCGCUUCCCCGACGUUCUGAGGUUGAGGUGUUUUCAUAGAACAUGGAGAGGCUCCUGCCACCUUCAAUAAAGACCUGAAUCGGA